AUGCUCCGUCAAACCAUCAUUGUCAAUGAGGGCGACUCUCCAUUGGCAUACAAGUCCAGGGAAGUCACUAAUCCAGUGAUGCAGUAUGUCAGUUUUUUCGACAACAACUUUGAGCGCAAGCAAAAGGUUGAAGUUUGGAAUGGUGCAAGUGGAAAGAAUGUUGAACCACUCCUCAGGUCCAUUCAAUCCUUUUGCAACAUUGCUUCAGAGUGGGGACUCAAUCAGGGUCAUCAAAAGAAGGCCUUGUUCAAGCAAUUCCUCACUGCUGAACCGCACAUGACCUAUCAGAGAAUUUCUGAUACUCAUGGGAACUCAGUUCAGGACUUUGAAGACUCUGUCAAUGAGUUCAUUUGCGAAUACACUGGUGAAAAUCCCAAGUAUCAGGCGAACAUGUAUCUCUUUGAUACUUCCAAUCACAUUCGCAAACUGUAUAAUACAGAAAUUGGAAUUCACGCAAAUUGCUUGAAAACCCUAUUUAUGUAUCACGAUAUGCUUCCUGGAAAUUGUUCCAACGUGAACGAUGAAAACGAUCCGGCUCAAAUCCGGAAGGGAAAGCUGGCACUGUUUUGCUCCUUUCCAAUUGAUUGGCAGGGAGAUUUUAUCAAUUCGCGAAAUGAUCCGGCGAACAACGAUAAUAUUAUGUGGAAAGAUGUUGUCAGUUGGAUGACACAUAAGAAAAGAACAGUGGACAGAAAGAAGCUUAUGCGGGAGAGUUCUCAACGUCAAACUCCACCUGGUAAUUGCACAGGCAACACUAUUAUCAAGAAGAUCAGCAACAAUGGAAUGAUCAAUUCAACUUUGAACAGGAAGCAUAUUAUCCUGAAGAACAGGAGGCGCAGGAACAUUUUUUCUAUGAUGAGGAUUCGCCAUUUUCCUUUCAUGAAGAGCAUUACUGACCCACAACUACUCGUAAACUAA